UUGGAGUUGAUGAAAGUGAUUUGACAAGCAGCGGAAGCUCCGGUGCGCCUCGCGUAAAGCUUUCCGUGCGCUCCCCUCGUCGAUUUUCACGGCGGCUGUCAGCUGGUAUCAAAAAUUCAGGGCGCAAGCAAAGUUCACCUCCAGCAGAGAGUGUGUGCGUCUCUCUCAGCGCGUGUGUACAUUCAUGUGUGCUCGGUCUGUCUGUCUAAUAGACUGACCCCCCAGCACGCCGUUUAAAGGGAAGACAAGAGAGCUGAGUCAACGAAUCACAAGGAGAAGGAUGCAACAGUUGAUGUGCGCCAGUUGCACAGUUUUCUUGUAUUUGGAGACGGCCUGCACACACGGAGGAUGGUGGCUGUGAUUUGAUCAGAUGUUUUUGCUGCUUUGCUUUCAAACUCAUCUGCCAGAUAAAGCUAAAAGUUAAAGAGCAGAUCCUACAGAGCGGUCACAGCCUGUCCUCUUAUUGCCAGACUGGACAUUUGGACUGAAAUGCAUUUGGAGGGACUUCAUGCUCUGCUGGAAUGGAGUUGAAGCGGGGGAUUUCGGAUGGUCUGCGGCGGUGAUUAGCAGCGCAGUCUGCACCAAUAUGCAUCGGAUUCUGCAGAGGAGGCGAGUGCGCAGGCUGCGGGUCGUCUGGGCUUCUCUGGCCCUGGUGGCUCUGUCUCUGGCCGCAUGCAGCGCGCUGUUUACGGCGUGGACUUUGCGACAGACGCGGGACCUGUCUCAGUCCUUCAAGAUCCUGCAGGACCGACUCGAGCAGGUCAACACACAGAGGAAGGCCAUUGUUCAGCUGAUCCUGGAGAAGAGAGAGCUGCUGGUGGGGCAUCGAGUGAAGAGAGAUGAGAGGACGUCGAAAGCAGGGAGGAAUGGAAAUGGAAGGAAAGCGGCGUCUCAUUUUGAGAUAACCAAAGUCUCCUCUCAGCAAGUGGGAGAUGGUGGGGUGAUCAAGGGCUGGGAAGAGAGGACGCUGAAUAUGAGUAAAGCGGUGAGGUACAACAAGGAGCAGGGCACCUUCACCGUGGAGAAAGCAGGCGUCUACUUCCUGUUUUGCCAGGUGUUGUUCAACGAGCAGCAGUCUCAGUACGUGAAGCUGGACGUGGUGACCCUCGGCUCGAGGGUUCAGAAGCUGCAAUGCAUGGAAGGCUACGGGACAACCCCCUCUGCCGGGCCGCACCCUUUCCACUUCCUGAAGCCCUGCCAGGUGUCCGGCCUCCUGCGACUGGACAAAGGCACGGAGCUGCAGGCCAUUACGGGCCCGUCCUUCAGACUCCACAGCGUAGGCAAUCCCUCCGCCUCGCCUCACGUCUUUAGCAUCUUUAAAGUUAACUGAAGCACACUGUGGAAACUUUUUGUUUUUGUUUGUUUUUUUUAACGAGUAAACAGACUCAUCAGAGAACUAACUUGUUUUUGUGCGGACAAGAUUGUUUUCUAAAUGGUGAAACUGUCAUAAGCGGUCGAGGCAUCGCUUAAUGCUACGGCUUCUUCCCAAAGACGUUAAUUUGAAAGACAAACCCUGACAUUUGGGGAAGCUGUUGUGGAUUUUUUUUUUUUUCCUCUGGACUGCAGAGCUGUUUUGGAACGCAGAUUUUUGGAAUAAAACCAAGGCCCGCAGUGAAUGUCUGCCGAGGGAACAGAUGUGAUGGGAGCUGUUCUGUAGAUAAAGGGCUUCAUAUAAAAAAGAAGAAGCAGAAGAAAAUUCCUUGGAUGUUCAUCUUAGCCUGUGUAUUACGCUAUAAAUUGUGCUUAAACUCUUUAUAAGACUAUGAGUAAAGCUGUGCAUGCACCUUCCACUUCCACAGCUGAGAACACAUCUGCACAUCUACACGAGUUGUCAUAUAUUUUAUACAAUGCAGCGUCAGUGUGUAUGAAAUCUUACAAAUCAAUUUUUUUCUGUUUAUACUGAUUUUAUAAUAUCAAUGCAAGCAUUUUCUUUAAAUACUUUGGAUAUAUUUUACACACAUUUUACAUUUUAUCAAGGAGGUGGUUUGGGCGGUGUUUUAAAUACCAUGGAUGUGAAUUUGUUAUCUUUUGUAAGGUUAUAAAGAUUGUUUGUAUACUUUGUUGUGCAAGUUAUACCGACCAAGCAUAGAGCUUUAAAUAUAGCUUGUCCUUACUCCCUCUUCUUCACCUGAUUGAUGACCAUUUUUCAAGAAAUAACCUGAUAAAACUGUUAAUUAUUCAGCCAAAAUACAGAUAAAGCUGUAUUAUAAAUGAAGUUAAUAGAUUUUCCUUUUUUUUCAUCACGUUGGCAAAGUAUAGACGCUUAUGUAAGUUAUUCACAAACAACUAACAGAAAGAAAAUCACAAAAAUGAAAUGCACUGCCAUGAAAUUGGUACACGCUUUCAUGCACCCCUGAGCGAAUUCAUAGAAAAACAGCCGUUUCCUGUCAGCCUCAGCUGGAUGUUUUUGUUUUGCACUCAUUGUUGUGGCUGAUGAUGGGUCUUUAAUGGUCGACUGCGCAUGUAGGCACGAUCGGUUCACGUACAUCAAACUCUGUGUUAUCUUAUUUGGCAGAAAUCUAUGCAUUUUCUGUUCUUUACGAUCAUUUGGAAAGCUUUCAUUAAUCCAAUUCUGGGUCACAUCGGUGCUGGAGCCUAUCCCAGUUGCCAUAGGGCGAGAGGUGAGAUAAGUGGCCCCGAAAACACUAACAAAGAAAUUGUAUUUGCGUGACUAAAACCCAAGUUAUCAACAGAUAAUCUUAUUACACUUAGUGAUUUCCUUUAAAUCUGACUGAAACCUCUUAGAAGGAGAUCCAAAUACUUUCAUGCCUGAGAAAUCCUCUGUCAUGGAUAUUCACACCUCUCAAAGGAACCUGCUCAUGUUAGUAAAACAUUUUCUACUUUUAUUGAAGAUGCUGCACCUGAACACGCGGAGCUGCACAAAGUCAUCUCCAAGUUACAAAAUAGAUUAUUAAACCCUUGUGCUAAUCAGCCCUCUUAAUGUGGUAAACAGUGUGCAAUAUUGGCGCUGCUGAUUGCAGACCAGUGACGCCCAACCAGAGAUUCUUGUAUACCAGGAUAUAACUGCAGUUUCAGAGAGGUCACAGAAAGCCAUUUUCUUACCAAGUCUGGCAUUGUAGGAGCGCCGUGAGAGGAGAUGCACACCUUGGACACCUCUCUCCACACAGAAAAGCCCCAGGCACGCUCUGAUAUCCUCGUGUUGGUGUUGUUCCUACAUCAUCAUAAUAACGCUGGCUCAUGAUCAGCAUUGCACCCGACCAGUGACCUUGUCUGUGUUAGUUAACAUUCAGUUAGCAUUAGCCAAGAAGUUAGCUAAGUUAGCAAACCAAGAUAAAUAAACUAAAUUUGGCUAACAGCAAAACCUGAUAAUAUGUUUAUUAUAUAUUAUAAAUGAACAACGAAAACACUUGAAAUGCUGACCAUUUGUUCUAGAAGACAGGUUUAUAUUAACAAAGGUAAGGUUUUACUUUUUUUCUCCAUAUUUUAAAGUUAUGCAAUCACAACAAUGUGAUUGGUCAGUUGCAAUUUUCAUACUGGACUGACAUCAUUAUGAUAAUGCAGUGAGAACACCAACACAGGGAUUUCAGACACACCAGCCUCCUGGCAGAUUCAGACCCAGAGGUUUCUUGUUGUAAGGUAACAGUGCUAACCUCUGCACCACCAUGCAAGUCCUAACUAAUCUAACACAUAAGUUAAAUGCUAAUAGGUUCAAAAAGUUAGCUGGUACUGAAACGAAGAGCCCAUGAAAGUUUAAAUCAAAAGGAAAGAAGCAUCAGGACAAAGUUAAAACAUGAAAGAGCAGCGAUGAGGCUGCUGCUAAGAGCUAAGCUAAAGGACCCACGACAGCAGAAAUAUGAACAAAAGCAACCACAUCUGUUACUUCACAUUUAUCAGUUAUGUAUUUUAACCAGUUAGUAAAUGGUUAAAACAGAUACCUAAAAGUAAGAAAUAGUGAACUGAAAGUUCUGGAUUCACAGUAGAGGGUAAAUACCAAUAGGCUAUAUUAGCUGUGAGUGUUAAAUAGCUAAAAAUAAGUAUAAAUUGAAAAGGAAAUUAAUGUCAUUUAUCCAUUUAUGCAAUGGAUAAAUGACUUCAUCACCCACAGAAUGCUUUCAUAUUGUAGUAUCAGGGUCAGAUUUUAACAAACUGGCCCUAAAAAUGGAGCCUUUAUUGUAUAAAAUUAUUUAUAACAAAGGCAAUCAGUGAAAGGGUUACCAGAGCUCAUCUGGGCACUGUGGGUGUGCAUGGGUCUGACAAAAACGACUGAGAGUCAUUGCUGUAGUCUGUCCUUUUACCCUUUUGUGGCUUCAUUUUUAUUACAGUGAAUUUAUAAAAGCCAGAUAUUAAAUCAGUUGUGUGACACCGAAAGCAGAACUCUGCAGAAACAUGGAAAAGAUCCAACAUCAAUUUUCAAGGGAGUCGUUCCAGGUUAACCUCGAGGGAAAAAAAGAAAAGAAAAAAGAAAGUUCUGGUUAUUUGGUGUCUGACUGCAAAAGAGAGGUGAAUGGUGUCAUACUGAAAGCUACAUUUAAGAGUUUAGUUUAAUUUCUAAAAGCUCAUAGUAUUGGGUUUGUUUUACUUUUAUAUCCUUCUGGAAAUAUAACUCCUUCCAUUCUCUCAUACGCUGCUGGUUUCCGUAAUAUUCCUUGCUACAAUGCAAACAGUGUGUAUUUCUAGCCGUGGGUUUCUGCACUCCCACUCUUGUUUAUAAGUAGUUUUUGUGGAUGGACCACAUUGGUUUCUCCUCAGCACUUUACUGCAGCGAUCGCAGCGUUUUUAAUUGGAACCAAACAUUUAUGUUUUCAAAUGGAAAAAAACGUCCGAUUCUGCAGUGCAGACGAUAUAUCCUGUUUGAUUUCCUCAUCAUUUUCCUCUUUCCUCUUUAUGUCUCAGUCAUCCCCCCUCCACAUCCCUGUGCACCUCAUACUUCCCUGUCAGCACCAAUCAGACUACACACACACACCCACCCACACACACACACCAACAACCCUCUAAAUUUUCACUUCCUGAAUCUGAACCUGAACCACAUAGCUUAAAGUCUUUGAGGAAAAACAUGCCUCGUCCCACCCCCGCCACCACAAACACACACACAACACACACACAUGAACACUUCCCUGCCCCAAUUCCUUUUUCUCUAAAUGUCAAAGUUUAUCGCCAUCUCGGAAAAUUCUGUAAUGUUGUGAAGACGUUCUCUGUAAAAUGAUGAUGUAUGCAUUGUCUAAACAUUGUUAAGUUUCCACACACUUUGUUCACACUUAAAUAAACCUUCCUUACUGUUUUUGAAAA